AAGCUUCUCAACCAGCACCCACCGCCAUGUCUCUACCUCGGAAACGCAAAUACCAUACUACUCGUUCUGAAAAGUACCAAAGGGAUACUUCUGACAAUCAUGAUACGAGUGCCUCACUGUAUAUUCAAGCAUACGAGGCGGACAUCGUGAAAGGAGCUGCUGCUACUCAAGCGCAAUCCCUGGAAUUCCGUGGCGCACCUGGUUCUAGUCUAAUCCAGUGGCUGCCGUACGGCGCGACUGCAGAAGAAGAAGAAAACAGAGGGGCCGUAUGGGUUGACAGGUACGCAUGGUUCUUGAAUGACCUGCCAAUAAUAUGCAACCUAUUUCGUGAGAUGUCGCUCUGAGACUUGAGCAUGUCACGCCAAUUGAGUAUUGAACCAAUAUACGAUGCCCGUCUACUACUUCAUGAAGCGCCGUCGAUUGAGCAUAGUACAUCCUCAGUCGAUAGACUGUCGCCUACAGGAUGGUCGGACCUUCCUUCCGAUGCGGAGGAUACGUUUUUCUUCUCACCAGAGGAAGCAGAGGAUUAUCAUCGAGAGAAGCGUCGUCGACUGAUCGAGAGGUCUCGAGAAGAUCGGCUGAGAGCUAUCCGAGCUGAACAUGAAGAGGAAGAAUCCGAAGCGCAGGAGAAAGAUCUUUGGGGUGAUAGUGACGAAGAGCCUGAUGAAACCCAGAAAGAGCUCAUGCGCAGAACUGCGUCACAUGUUCUCUCGUCACCCAACCCUGCCCAACUUGAAAUGCGAAUUCUGGCCAACCAUGGUGCGGAUAUUCGGUUUGCAUUCUUGCGAGGUCGAUGGUCUCGAUCAUGGAACGCAACCAAGGCAAAGGUGAGAUUGGCUCUGAACAAGGAUAUAGUCCAGCCGAUGAGUGGCGCUUUGGGCGGGUUAUCUGGUUACGGUGGGAGCGACGAAGACUCAGGAGAUGAAGCAGAGACUAGUGCGGCAAUUCCUGAAGCUGUGGUUGCGGUUGAUGGUCAGAUGGAUGCACCGAACGACGAUCAGGCCGACGAUGCAGCCGUAAAGGAAGCGAGAAGAGCCAAGGCUAAGGAAUGGUCUCUGAAACGGAGAGCUCUGAAGGAAGGCAAGGAAGAACCGGAGAAGUCAUAACGAACAAGUAUACCUUGUCUCCGUCGGAUCGGCCCCAACCUCGAGUUUGCUACACUUACAUUUCGAGCUCUAUCUACUAGCACUUGUCAUAAAUUAUACACAUUUCGACAGUCUCGUAUCCAGUAAACCUACUACUUCUCGCCUAUUUUCUACUUCUUCCUUCUUUUCUUUCACUUACUACGCAUGUUUAAGAUGCAGUUUCCUUUUAUAUCAUCACGCACACUUCCAGUU